CCAAGUGAACCAGUUAAAGAUUUAACCGAACAAAAAAAACAUGAAUCGUUUAAACUCGGUGAAAUUAAAUAAAGCAAACGAACCGGUUAAAGUUAAACCGAACCAAAUUGGUGACAUUACGUUGACCCAGUCACUUCUUAUUUUCCCUCCGGAAUUUUUCAAUUCCGAUCCCGAGAGAGGCGACGCGAAGGGGGCAUUAGGGUUUAUACUCCGCCUUCCCGAUGGUGCGGACGAGAACGACGGUGCUUAAAGUCGCCGAUCACUCCGUUGAAGGUGUUUCUACUAACAAAGCAAAAGGAGAGAAGAUGAUUCAGGAUCCUCCGAUGAACAGUGCACAGAGAAGAACACUGGGAGAUAUCACAAACUUGCCGAAUCAGAAAGUGAUGCUAAUGAACCAUGGAGCGAAUCAGCAGCAGCAAUCUUUGUCACUCUCUUCCAAAGAAUACGCUGAAAAGCUUCAAAAGGAAAACAUGAGACUGAUGAAAGCCCUCACGGAGAGAAAUGCAAUCAUUGAGAGGACUGGAAGUGAGCUGCAGAAGUAUAGGGUCAACUUACAGAUGGUGCAAACACAGAACUUGCAGCUUUCCCAGACCAACACUCGUAUCUUGGCGGAGAUCAGAACAAGCAAAGACCAACUGAAGGCACUUCAGCACGAACUUAGUUGCAAGAACGGGGUACUCAUGGCUAGGAAACUGCCGCUUGAGCCACAAAAGCUUCCAUGUACACACCACGACGCAUCAGAAGACAAGGAUCGUGCAAACGCUUCUCGUGGGGCUUCCGGAGUCUUUCAUCCAAAUGGCGAGGAUCAUAAGACUGCUUCAGAGAGUUCUGACUGUAACUCAUUGCAAAUAAAUGACAAAGCCAACAACAAAAGAGUUUCUGGAAGGUCGAGUCCCGCCAAUUCCGAAGUAUUGGAUAUAAUUGGCAGACCAGGAGAGUCAGCACAGACAACCAAUAUGACCAGGAGGGUUUCUUUGAGAAGACAGUCUAGGAGAUUUAAUAUCCAAGAGCUAGGCGUGACUGAAAACUUGAAUGGUAUACAUGAUGAUCAAGAAGCUGCUGCAAAAUCCGGAUGCUCUGCGAGUGAUCUGUCCAUCGGGUCUAAGCCCGAAGCAGUAGAGCUACAUGACACGAAAGAGAGAACCAGGGAAAGCAGAAGAGUCUCUUCAAGAAGACAAUCGACAGAAGUUACAUCUCAGAGAGACAUCAAAGUAUCCACAGAUCCUCCGUUGCCCGAUGGUAUUGUCGAGGAGUCUAGUCAGGUAUCAUCUUCAGUUUCAACAGAGCUUAAAAGAGAAUCAAAGAACAAACCAACAGGCGAUGAAGCAGAGGAGAUGAGAGAAACAUAUGCUGGGAGACCUUCAAGGCAAGCAGCAGGAAAAAUCAAAUCAUACAAAGAAGUCUCACUUAAGGAUAAGAUGCGAAGGGACUUCUGAUGGAAAAUCGCCUAAAGCCUUCAUUCUUUGUUGAAACAGGUGCUAUAAUCCAAUCGCAAAUUCACAAUGUUCUAUAAUAUGUGUAGGGCGUUUUUGCUUCAAUGAGAGCUAACGAGUGAUCUUGCUACUAUACAACUAUACAAGCGACAUUGUAACGGCAAUGUAUGCAAAUUGAAAUUUGAGUGCUGUGUUCUUAUACUGGAACCUAAUCUGGAUUUACUUUUUCUGCU